UGGUGGCGGUGGCGGUAGGUGGUGGGGUAAGCGCGAUCACACAGGAAGCUUCGAGAAUAUCGCGGCGUGCUCUACUCCGUUCCGGCCCGGCUGCGACUUUAGGUUACACAACGAAGCGUAUUCUCGAGCGUGCUCUCGCCGGUUUCCCACACGUUCCUGACUACACAGAGACUGCACGAUUAUGGCUGCUGCUAAUGCUGUGAAGAGGCUCAUUCCUCUUUUCGACCGAGUCCUCGUACAAAGGGCUGAGGCCAUAACUAAAACAAAAGGUGGUAUUGUACUUCCAGAAAAAGCACAGGCAAAAGUAUUGCGGGGUACUGUUGUGGCGACAGGACCCGGAUCAAGGAAUGAUAAAGGAGAUCAUGUACCUUUGAGCAUUAAAAUUGGAGAUGUUGUUUUACUCCCUGAAUAUGGUGGCACGAAAGUUGAACUUGAAGACAACAAAGAAUACCAUUUGUUCCGCGAAUCGGACAUAUUAGCUAAAGUAGAAGUUUAAGUUACCUGUCAACUUUAAGUUACGUUCUCUGUUUUAUAAGUACUACAAACUGUUCCUCCAAUACUUUACAAGUUUAUGACUGCGGAGAGAUAUGUGUAAAGUCUUAGGAAUAAC